GACCAACAAAAGGCGAUUCAAGCACAUCAAAGCGCUCUAUUGAACGCUGUGUUGCCCCUCUUACAGCUGCUGCAAAAUUUGCCUUCGCAAUUCGACCAAUUAAAAUCCUCUCUGACAGACGCUGUAUCGAGUGCUGAGGCUAAUCUUGGGACGAGCAUUGGCACCAUUAAAAACGCCAUCCCGUGUCUUACAUUGGAUCAUGCGCAACCAAAGCCUCCGAUGGGUCGUGAACUAACAUCCAAGCAACCCAACACUACGCCACGGAAACGUACUAACACAUUCCACGAAAUAGAAGGGCGUUCGAAAGCCACCGGAAACGCCACUUGUUCUACUCACUCUCCAAAGAGAAUACGUCUCAGCCCAGCUCCGGAACGUGCCGUUCGCGCACCUCGCUUGCCUGCUACAACCUCCAACGAGAAUUUAUCGCUCGCGCCCCGUCAUUUCACAAGUAUUAGCUCUGAGGAUACUUCUCAUAUGCGGUCCAGGAAUUCGACGCCCAAAUUGCUUGUGUCCAAACCAGAUAAUGAGAAGGCGGAGUCAGAGCGCAGCACUGUUCUGGAAAGAAACGCGCCAAAAACAUUUCCGAGCGUGAUUUCCAUAUCCUCAUCACCCCUUUCUGACGCCUCGGCUCCUAUGCCACCCUGUCCCUCAGCUACCGUCGGUGCAGGAUCAUCCCCGGCAUUCAAUAGCACCGAGUCCCAAGCACGAAAGGAUUUCUGGAUUCUUCCAAGAGUCAUCCCCUCUCACAAUCCUGUCAGGCCACCCAAUCAUCCCUUAGAUUCGGCGCUUCCGCCGCGAUCUAGCCCUCUCACCUCCGACCGGCGCGUGGUUUCGUCGACGCGGACGCCACCUAAAUCUAUGAGCUUGCGUGACCGCCGUACCCAAAUGACACUGCUUGGGCGUCCUCAGACGAAACGAUUCAUACCCAUUGUUGCCUCAUCUGAUGAGGAAUCAUGAUAUGAUAGCGCGUUCGCUUCUCAUUUUCGCAAACUAUGGACGGAUUGUAUCCCGACUUUCUUCCUUCCCUGCUUAGUGGUAUUGCGCAGAGGAACGGGAAGUAACGAAGAGCUAGGCACGAACACUUGCCUUUAUUCAGAACGGUAGUAGAUUUGAAGUAGGCUUGUUAAGCAUUGAGGGGCUCAGUUGUCGAGUAGACAAGUGAAGAACGAAUACUUGAUUCGAUGGGGAUUGAGGA